UCCGCCUCUUCCUGCGGCAGCCGCGCAGUUGCAGCCAUGGCGCCUCGCCGGGACGCCGCUCUUCUCCUGCUGCUCCUCGCCCUGUCGCCGGCGAGCGCGGGGCUGAGCGGCUACUUCGGYACCAAGUCCCGCUACGAGGAGGUGAACCCGCACCUGGUGCGCGACCCGCUGUCGCUGGGCCCCGGGGCGGGCGGGUCGCUGCCCGCCUCCUGCGCUCCGCUGCAGCUCCGCGCCGUGCUCCGGCACGGCACCCGCUACCCCACGGCCGGGCAGGUCCGCCGGCUGGGCGAGCUGCACGCCCGGCUGCUCCGCCGGCCCGCGGGGACUGCCGCCUGCCCCGCCGCCGCCGCGCUGGCCGCCUGGCCCAUGUGGUACGAGGAGAGCCUGGACGGGCGGCUGGCGCCGCAGGGCCGGCGCGACAUGGAGCAGCUGGCCCAGCGCAUGGCCGCCCGCUUCCCCGCGCUGUUCGCCGCCCGCCGCCGCCUGGCGCUGGCCAGCAGCUCCAAGCACCGCUGCCUGCAGAGCGGGGCCGCCUUCCGCCGCGGGCUCGGGCCCACCCUCGACUUCGGCGGCGAUGAGGUGGAGGUUGAAGUUAACGACUCCCUGAUGCGGUUCUUUGAUCACUGCGCCAAGUUUGUAGCCCUMGUGGAGGAGAACGAUGCAGCCAUGUGCCAGGUGAACGCCUUCAAAGAGGGGCCUGAGAUGAAGAAGGUCCUGGAGAAGGUGGCCAGUGCCUUGUGUAUGCCAGUGGAGGAGCUAAACGCAGAUCUUGUUCAAGUGGCUUUUCUCACCUGCUCAUACGAGCUGGCUAUAAAGAAUGUGACCUCCCCGUGGUGUUCCCUCUUCAGUGAAGAAGAUGCCAAGGUGCUGGAAUAYCUGAACGACCUGAAGCAAUACUGGAAGAGAGGAUAUGGAUAUGACAUCAACAGUCGCUCUAGCUGCAUUUUAUUCCAAGAUAUCUUCCAGCACUUGGACAAAGCAGUGGAAGAAAGCAAAAGUUCCAAACCCAUUUCUUCACCUUUGAUUGUCCAAGUUGGGCAUGCAGAGACUCUGCAGCCCCUGCUUGCCCUGAUGGGUUACUUCAAAGAUGACGAGCCUCUCCUGGCCAACAACUACGCCCGGCACGCGCAGCGGAAAUUCCGCAGCGGCCGCAUCGUGCCUUACGCAGCCAACCUGGUGUUCGUGCUCUACCACUGCGACCACGUGAACGCCUCCCAGGAGGAGUACCAGGUACAGCUGAUGCUCAAUGAGAAACUGCUGGCUUUCCAUCAUUCCAACGAGACCAUCUCCACCUACGCRGACUUCAAGGACUACUACAGGGACCUCCUGGAGAACUGUCACUUCAAGGAGGAGUGCGAGCUGCCCAAAGUCAACAUCACUGCUGUUGAUGAGCUGUGARAGGACAAAACAGAAUGAGUGUUCUUCAGACUGCUCUGGGUUCAGUUCCAUAAGCAUUGGGAACAAGCACUUUGGAUGAUUUGCUGCUGCUGUGCUGACUUUCUAACCUUGCAGUUUCAGGGGGUUGUCUCAGCUCAGUGCACUGAUUUCUCUAUUGCAUAAGCAGAGCUGCAAAAACACCUGCUGUGACAGGGAAGUUGUUACAAAUGUGUGAUGAAAGGCACAAGUACCUGGGGUGUUUAUAUGUACAAAUAAGCUGAUUUCAUUGGUCAGUGCUGUUAUGAAUGCGACAUGGAUGAAUUUAAGAGCUGGGGCAGCUUCUAUUUURUUUGAUCUCAAAGUGGUUGGACUGAUUCAGUAUUGCUUUGUGCUGCCUGUGUUUCUAGCUGCUGUUUUCCUGUGCCACGCAUGAAAUACUUCAAACCUCUUUUUGAUCUUUUUCCCAAGCUUCUAGAAGGGAGAGGGUACGUAGUUCUUCUCCACAGCUGCACAAUUUCUGCCUGGACAACACCAUCUCCUUUUGGGGCAUUUUAAAGCAGGAGGAGUUCCUGCAUGCAUCACCUGCUUGAAAAGGGGCAAGAAAUUAAAAGUCUUAAAGGCAUCAUCGACCCAUCCUGCAUAGCAAGUUAGUCUCCAGGGUAAGUAAAUUAUCUUUUAAAAGAGGUAGAGAAAAAGGUGAGGGAAUGGAAAGUAGUUACUYUUCCUUCAAGGUGCUCUGGGACAUGCAGCAGUUGUUCUCUAAAUAAUCUGGAGUGUCCUUUCACUAACACCAUCCAUUUUGGGUGUUAUUUGGGCUGGGACAUUCAGGUUGGGCUGUGCCAUGGUUCUGACUAUCUUGGUCCUGGCCAGGURCUGACAGUUUUCCUACCAGCUCUGGCUGGAAGGCCACUCUGAUGUCUCCAGCCUCCUGCUUGAAAUGGAAUUGUUGCUAACUCUAAAUCCAGUUUUUUUAACUGUAUAAAGAUUGAGCUGAGACUUUUGCUAACUUGAAGACAUCAAACACGCUGUCACUUAUGUAGGCCUUAUACAUUCAUUGUGCCACYUUGCUUUUGAAAUGCAGCUGGUUUUGAAGGGUUGAAUUGCCUAAAAGGACUGGUGAUCUUUUAAAGCAACUGCACUUUAAGKUCCCUUAUUCCUGAAAGCUGGAAAGUACAUUUAAGUUCUGCACUGUGGUAGCAAAAGGAAAACUGAAGAUAACUGAUGAGUAAUGUUUGAGUGGAGUCAAAUGAAAACUCCUUCAUCACCUGCAAGGGAAUGAAUGCUUGACCAAAUUAUCCCAAAGCAGAUCGAGUUAUGGAUUUAUGGUGCUGGUAGCUCUUGAAGUGUGCACUCUCACCCUCUAAUGAGUGUUCCAGAGCUCACUCUGUACAAGUGGGGUUUGUUUUGCUGUGUUCCCUGGGCAGGAGGUGAAGGGUUGGAAUAAGUGAUUACCACAGCAUAGCCUGCAGCAGUGGAGGGUAUAAAUGUCUAUAGUGCACCUGAUAAGUCCUUUUUGUAGGCUCACCCCCAGAACUGGGAAGUUAACUGCUGCACAAACAAAACCUGAGGAGAGGCCAAAAUCCAAGCUGAGUGUGUAAGGGGUUUUUUAAAAAAAAUUUCUUGGGAACUCAGCCUUUUGCCACUUUUUUCCUCUUAAUAUGCCUUGUGUAAAAGCACUUCAGGUUUACAUACCUGUACGUUAAGGAGCAAUUAAACACCUGGUUUUUGCUGUUGUUUUCUGAGUUCAGGGAAUUUCCCUACCUGUGGUUGUAGAGCCCUGUUUUGUUAGUGCACCUCUGCCGCAGAGACCAAGAGAUCACUGAAGACACKGAUUCAAAUAUUUCAGCACUUGCCUAUGUUAAAUCUGCAGCUCUUUCUGAAGCUGGUGGAAUGGUUAGGGAGGAGUUCUGAGCUGCAACAACCAGAGGAGUGUAGGUCAGGAUAAUUGUCAGCCCCUGCAUAUGACUUCGCUGCUUGAUCACCUUUGCAUGUCUCCUUUUUCACGUGAUCCAUCUUGAGACUAAGUCAACUGAUGGUAGUGGUUGUGACAGAUCCCAGGUAGGAACYUUUUUGCAACAUUUGAGUCAGGCUGCAAAGAAAUGAGCCUUUGUUUAAWGGCAGUUAAGUUUGGAAAUAGCAGAUACGAGAGUGAGAAAAUCCACCUUUGAACAAAUAUUUUUUUCUGUGAGUCAGUGAUGAUUCAUGAACAGAAGGGAUGAAAGCCUGACUAUGGGAAAUGAAUGGAGGAUUCUGUUGUCAGUUCAGCAAGACUGAUUUUAAGACAUCAUAUUUGUUAAAAGAUACAUCCUUCUUCCUUAUGGAGGGAGGAAUACAUUGCACUUGAUUGCUUUUUUGAGCRUGUGCCAGAUGAGGUGCAGGAAUCAAGAAGUUCCUUCUAUUGUGGAGUACCCUUUGUUUGGCYAUUAGCAGGUUGAUUGUAUGUUUAAAUUCUGUGGAUGAUUGCUCAGAAGCUGUUCCCUAUUUCACCUCGGAGUACAAGUCCAUCACACCCCCAGUGUAACAGAUCUCUUCAGUGGCUGUCAGCAAUUAACUGGGAAGAAAAAUGUGCUGGUGGGGCUCUGAUGUGUGUUUAGAGGAUGCUCUGACUCACUCCUUUGGCAAAAUUUAGAGGCUCAGUGUGGAAACUUUCCACCAUUGUAGCACUAUAGAAGUGCUGGGMCAUGUAAAUACUCCAGGCACUUCUUCUGGUUCUGAGCACUGGGGAGGUGACUUCACUCUGAUCCUUUUAUCUAAUAAACAUAGGCUUUUGUUUAGAUAYUUAAAAUAGAAAACAGAAAUGGAUCAAAGUAUUUCUACAAAGUUGGGCACUCAUUCAGUGUAUGAUGUUUCAGCGGGCUGCCACAUCUGGCAGUGCACGUUCCUACAUACUGCAAAAGUCCUCCAAGACAAUGUUUCCUCCUCCCUGUGGCUCUGGAGGCCUCAUCUCAGUCACCUGACAYGGACUCUCUGCAAUCUUUCUGAAACUAGAAGCUUUCACUGAUGRAAAACACCAGUGUUCUUGGAUGCUGGCCUUCAAUACAUGUGAAAUACAUUUUAAUUUGUUAAAUGUUGAAUCUUUCUGGCAAGUGAAUUUUUUCUGUCUAGUAAGAACUGCUUUUGUUCUGGUUAACAUCAAGCUUUCAAAUGCAGAUUUGUAAUGAUCUGGCACUAACUGGAUGAAUUUGGAGAACUUUUGGAUUUUUUGUGCUGUGAAAUAAAACCACACUUUUUUCAUCUCUGAGCAGCAGUAAUUACACAAUCUUUGGUAUCAUGGCUGUGUUUUGCUUCAAAAUACAUUUGGGAAGUUGCUGUUA